AUGCUUGCGCGAAAGAUUAUUCUACAACCCAUUGUCUCGAUCUGGAUGGGAAGGCAGCGGGUGGGAGGAGCGACCGAGGGUUCUGGCGGGGCGGUGAUUUUCGGUGGCGUCGAUACCACGAAGUACGUCGGCAAUUUUACUUGGUCGCCCAUCACUGACAAGAAUGCGUGGAAGAUCCGUCUUGAUGCUGUCUCUAUUGCGGGCAAGGAUCUGGGACUUUCUGGAGAAGCAUUGAUCGAUUCUGGAACGUCGUUGAUUGUGGUGCCCUCAAAGGCCGCUUCGAUCUUCCACGAACAUAUACCAGGCGCGAUUGAGGCGCCACAAGUGGGGUGGAUCUUACCAUGCAACACCAGCGCUGGCGAUCUCAACUUUACGAUUUCAGGACAGCAGUUCCGUGUCCCCGCAGAAGAGUUGGUUGUGCUGUUUAGGAUUCCCGGAUACGCAGAGUACUGCAAGAGCGCUAUCGAUGUCGCCGGAUCUGCAACAGAAACCGAUUGGGUUCUCGGGGCAUCGUUCUUGAAGAACGUGUACAGUGUCUUUGACUAUCGCAGCCUGGCGGUCGGAUUCGCUCAGCCCUCGAAUGUGUACAACACCCUGACGAACAUCACACUGCUGCCUAACCUGUCCAACCCUCCACAAGGACAAGGCAACGGAGGAGGCGGGAACAGAACCCAGGGGACCGGCAAUGGGUCGACUGGCGUGAACGGAUCGGUCCAGAGGAUGGUUUCAGGGGUAGAUAUUUAG